AAAAUAGAUACGAGUUUACGCGUGUUGACACAAUGUUUACGAACUUGUGGGAAGCUACUGUAAUUGUAAGAAACUUUGUGGAAGCUGUCAAUGGUUUAACAUAAAACGGACAUAUACGGUUCGGGUGUUAGAAGUCCAAAUAACAAGAAACCAAUUCCCUCGUGAAACUAACUUCCUUCGGUCACGCGCUUCAGUGCAGCUCAGGCAGAGAUAGAUGAUGAUGAUGAUGAUGAUGAUGACGCAGACCAUGGAAGGAGGAGGAGGAGGAGUUUCUUUGAGAGGGAACAAGCUUCAUGUACUGAAUGGGCAUCAUAUGAAUGAUCGCUUGAGAAACUGAGUUCCAUCAACGGCAUGAAUGAAGAAUUCGUGUUUGUUUGGCACACCUUCAAGUCUUCUAUACCUACAUCAGAAAAGCAAAUUUACGAAUAAAAAAAAAAGAGAGAGAGAGAGAGAGAGAGAAAGACGACAACGUUUACGAUUUCCGAAUCUCGUGGGUACACUCAGUCAUGCUAGUCCUCCUAUCAAAAUGAUUUUGAAACAUUCCGAUUAUCGUUUGGUAAUGUUUAUGGAUGUACAAGCAUGGCUGGGAUUUCUGGUAUGUAUUUUUAUUUUCCUUUUUGGGCGUUGUCGUGUUUAUGCAAUUUGUGUGUGUUUUUUUUAUAAAUAAUCUAAAACACUACAACAGUUCGUCAAAAGAAGAAGAUUGUAAUUAUAGUCUGUCCUGAGUCUUACCUUUUUUAUUUCUUUUUCUUUCUUUUGAUAUUUUGUUCGUGUUUGACUUGGAUGUGGUGUUUGGGUUAAUGUAAUCGUCAAUGUACCAAAGCUGACAAACACACACACACCUUCCUUCCUAUUUAACAAGUAAGAUUAUUUAUUUAAUUUUGGGUGUGUGUUGAUUUAGAGGUGGAUAGAGGCUAUUACUCACUCAUCACAGAUAAAUAGAGAGAUUCUUAGUACACGGAAUUUUUUUUUUUUUUAACGUUCUCCAUUAAUUCUAAAUCCUUUAUUGGGUGGGUGGGUGGAUUUUUAAGGGAUUAGGGUUCCCAUUCAUUACUUUUCUCCUUAUUGGGUGCCUUGUUUUUGUGGAUUUGGAGCUACCCACUGACAAAGGGUCGCCGAUCUCCUGAUGUCUCUAACUGGGUAAUUCGAGUUCCCCUCUCGAUUCUCUCAUCUGCGUCAGUGAGUUUUGCUGGUUUUAUCAAAUGGGUUGUUCAAUUUUUCUGGUGUUUAUAUCUCUGCUUUGUUAAUCCUUCCAUACUCUUUGAUAUGGGUAUGGUGAAAUUCCUCGAUUAGGGCCGUCCUUGAGAUUAAAACCUUAAUUUUUGUUUCCUUUUACCCUUUUGAUCUCUGAACUGGUCGGAAAUUAGUGCUUUCUGGUCCUCUAUGUGGUCUUCUUCAGUAGUCACUUCUCUGUAAGCUAUGGUUGGUUUUGCUGGAUAGUAUUAGUAAGGCAUGGUCUUUGAUCUGUGGAUGGGGUUCUGAUUCAGUGUCUAAGGCAGGGUCUCUUUCGCUCAAGGUGAUUUGGCCUUGGACUUGGGCACCGGGAGGUUUUGAUAUACCAAGUUUAAUGGUGUUUGGGUUCUGAAAUUAGGUAAGGAACUUGAUUGGCUCAGUAUUGGAAACAAGUUUGGCUUCCACAUCGUACCUGGUGGCGUCCAAUAAAAUAAUGUCUCAUAUUCAAGUAGCUUCAAAGCACACUUGUGGUCUUCUUGCAAUUUCAUGUGGCAGCACUGAAAAUAACCCAAAGCAAGAUGGGUUGGGGGACAGCCCGAGAUACCCUUUUCCAGAACUUGUUUCCUCAGGACGUUUGGAGGUUCAAACUCUGAACAAUCCAAGUACUGAUGAGUUACACAAAGUUAUUGAUUCAUUUCAGCCGAAUUUUGUGUACUUGCGAGGAGAACAGCUUCCCAGUGGUGAAGUUGGAUCUUUGGUUUGGGGAGGUGUUGACUUGUCCUCUGCUGAAGCCAUAUCUGGGCUCUUCGGUACUACAUUGCCGACUACUGUUUAUUUGGAGUUCCCAAAUGGUGAGAAGUUGGCAGAGGCACUUCACUAUAAGGGUAUUCCAUACGUGAUAUAUUGGAAGAAUGCAUUUUCCUGUUAUGCUUCUUCCCAUUUUCGCCAUGCAUUAUUUUCAGUGGUACAGAGUUCAUCUUGUCAUACUUGGGAUGCUUUCCGACUUGCUCAUGCAUCCUUCAGGCUUUACUGUGAUCAAAACAACCUUGUCCUCCCUUCUAACAGCCAGAUAGGGAAUGGUAAGUUGGGCCCCUGCCUUCUGGGGGACCCUCCUAAGGUCAAUGUGACCCCACCGGAGAUAGGUGCUGGAGAUGAUGAAGAAAGCUCUUCUGGCACUCUUCCUGCUAUAAAGAUAUAUGAUGAGGAUGUGAACAUGAGGUUUCUAGUUUGUGGAGUCGCAUGCACAUUGGAUGCAUGCUUAUUACGGUCAUUCGAAGAUGGCCUCAAUGCUCUCUUGAAUAUUGAAAUUAGAGGAAGCAAACUCCAUAACCGGGUUAGUGCCCUUCCACCACCCCUUCAGGCGGAGACAUUUUCUCGUGGUGUUGUGACCAUGCGAUGUGACUUAUCAACCAGUAGUUCAGCCUACAUCUCACUUCUGGUGUCAGGUAGUGCACAGACAUGUUUUGAUGAUCAGCUCUUGGAGGAUCAUAUAAAAAAUGAAGUUGUAGAAAAGAGUCAACUGGUUCAUGCACUGCCAAAUAGCGAGGAAAACAAGAUGCCUUUGUCUGAACCUCGGAGAUCUGCUUCAAUAGCUUGUGGGGCUACAGUAUUUGAAGUUUGCUUGAAGGUUCCGACAUGGGCUUCACAGGUUUUGAGGCAGUUAGCACCAGAUGUUUCUUACCGUAGUUUAGUUGUACUUGGUAUCGCCAGCAUUCAGGGAUUAGCUGUUGCUUCAUUCGAGAAAGAUGAUGCAGAGAGGCUCCUUUUCUUUGGUGCAAGGCAAGGGAAAGAUGUCAGUCUAAACAAUUUUAAUGUCUGCAGUUGUCCCACUUGGUUGAGGUCGCCUGCUCCACGUAGAAAGAGAACCGAAAUGUGCCCAGAAACAAGCCCUGUGUCUCCAAAUAGUUUAAUUUCUGGAAAUCACGAUGGUGUCAAAAUAGAAGACCAAGAGAAUAAGGAAGCUGGAUUAAUAAAUUGGGUUAUGAUGCCCUUAGUUCAUCCUGCUAGACAAAAAUUGAAAGUUGCUGCAAUGAGGCCCAUACCUCACAUUCGUCACCAGAAGAUGCUGCCCUUUUCUGGAAUUUCUGAGGCAGCUGGACAUGAUGGAAGCCUAGUGAAGGCUAACUUAUCUGUUGGACCUUCCACAAAGCAUAGCAUUGUUGGAGCAAAUCCUGUUACCCAUCGGAAAACAUCAUCAAGCUCAUAUCAGGCAAAGCAAAUUAUUUCCUUGAAUCCUCUUCCUUUGAAGAAACAUGGCUGUGGGAGAAGCCCAAUACACGUGUGUACCGAG